UAUAACGAACGUGACAGUGCUAAUGAGUGUAUAGAAAUUAUUUAUUUAAUAAUUUAAAAGUUUAAAAUUGCAAAAGAACUUUACAAAAUAAGAUGUUUUCUAUAUUAAAAUUGGUGAUAAUAAUCUUACUAAAUGAAACGUACGCGCAUAUCUCACAAAAUACUGAAAUAAUAUUGCUGCCGGCAUCGAAUCCGACAGGCGCAAAGAAGAUACCAAUAGCACUGAAAGUUUUCGGACGAUUGAUUCAACUGAAUCUGCGUAGAAACGAUCGAAUUGUAUCUCCUGCAUUUGGAAUAUGGAAAUAUAAUGCGAACAGAGUCACGGAAAAAUUGUUGGAAUUAAACUUAUCAAAUCCAUGCUAUUAUUAUCAUGAAGAUCAUAUCAGCUAUGCGGCCAUCAACUUUUGUCAUGAAGAUGGAUUGAAAGGACACGUUUUUGUGGAAAAUAAGACGUUAGAGAUUCAUCCUUUGCGAAACGAGUUCAAGCUUAUGUGCUUAAUCGACGAUUUUAGAGAAGAAACUAAUUUUUCGUUUGGCAAACCCCAUCUUAUUAAAAGGUCACUGGAAUAUUUUGCUGAUUCAAAUUCAUACCAUUGGGACAAGUUCGAACUGAACCGACGUCACGUGCACAAUGCACAACAAAAUUUAACUGCAAAACUUGCCAUUUUCAUCGACAAAAGUGCAUAUGAUAAGUUGAUAUUUUUUCUGCAUUAUAAUUACAUAAUGGUAAACGAAGAAAUAUCACAGUAUGUGAAUCGUAUCCAGGCUGCUUUCAAUUAUCCAAAUUUGAAUGUCUUUCUGAAAAUUUUGGUAGUGCGUAUUAAUAUUCUGGUCAAUCAACCGUCAAAUUUAGCAGUUUGGCACGGUAACAGUGCCGUUGAUAGAGUGCUCGAUUUGUUCUGCAAAUAUGCAAAUUCUCUCAAUCCUACGGACGAUGAUAAUCCGAAUCACUGGGACAUUGGCCUUUACUUAACCGGAAUAGAUCUUUAUGAAGAUAUUCAAGUAAAACAUAAAGCGCAUUACAGAACACAUAGGGAUUUUAAGAUUACGGGAAAGGCUCACAUCGAUGGCGUAUGCGAUCGGCGUUUCUCAUGCGCGGUAGCAGAAUACCGUGACAAAUCUGAAUUCAUAUACUCUCUUAAUGCUGUUAAUGAGAUCGGUCAUCUUUUAGGAAUAACAGAAGAACGAGAUUUUAAGAAUUUGGAAACGCUAAAAGCAUGGGACAAAGAUAGCAGUAAAAAAAUGAAAAAUCUUUGGGAAAGGAAAACGUGUCUUAGAGAACAAGCAAUCUCUAAAAAAAUAACCCCUGAAACAAUAAUCCCUAAAACAGAAAACAACGAUAAUAAUAAUACGAGACAAAAUUUAACCAUAGAACUUGCCGUUUUUUUCGACGAAGCAGCAUAUCAUAUGUACAUGCCUCUUCUGGACAAUAAUAAGAGAGAGUUACGCAAUAUGAUACUAGCAUACGUGAACCAAAUUCAAGCAAUGUUCCAUCAUCCAAGUUUUGGUACUCCGCUUGAUAUAUCGUUAGUACGAUUAAAAAUUAUGAAAGAACAGCCAUCAGAUUUUCCAGUUUUUGACGGCGACGUUAUACAACUGCUUGAUUCGUUCUGCAAUUACGCGACAACUCAAAAUCCUCGAGACGACAAUGAUCCCCAUCACUGGGACAUUAGUCUUUACCUAACCGGAAUAAAUAUAUAUUCAAAGUAUAACCAACAAAGGUACUAUGAGCCCAUAACAGAAUUUUUCAGAAAUGGCGCGUGUGUACCAUUUAAUUCGUGCAUCAUAGUAGAAUUCGGCUUCAAUAAAAGCAUACACUCGGCUUUUGCAACGUCUCGUGCUGCUGCUCAUGCGAUCGGCCGUCUAUUAGGAAUGGAUGACGAUAAUGGCUCUAUCAAUUCGACGUGUCCAAAAGGCGAAUACAUAAUGACAGAUUGGCUGUACCAUCGGGGCCAGAUAACAUGGUCCGAGUGUAGUCGUAACAGUGCUAAAAAACUCUGGAAAACAAAAGAGUGCCUUCUCGAUCGUACGAGACGAGAAAACCCCGCAGAUCCAUAUGCAUUGGACCAUUUGCGUUAUCACGAUUUACCCGGAAGAGAAUGGACCGCCAAAGCACAAUGUGAAUUAUUUUUACGAGACAAUGAUGCAAACGUAGUCACGUUGGAUGAUAUAUGUCAAGUCUUACAAUGCGAAACGCCUCACAAAAAAAAUAUUUCUUUGCAGGACCCGCGCUAGAUGGAUCUCAUUGCGCACUCGGAAAAGAAUGUCGCGGUGGAAAAUGCGAGCCCGUUCUCGAAAAGAUAUACAAUUUUAAGUAUUGUGAAAGGGAUAAAUGGAGUGAAUGGGAGGAACAGACCUGCAAUAGCAAUUGCUUAAAGAAUUCCAAAGGAGCGCGAAUCAAACGACGUUUUUGCAAACAUCGUAUUCACAAAACGGCAAAUUGCAAAGGGCCAUAUUAUGACGUGGUUCUGUGCAAUGACUCCAAUCUUUGUACUAAAAGUCGCAAAACGAUUUUCCAGUAUACUGCCAUAAAAUGUACCAAGUUCAAAAGAACCUUAGAAGAAUACAAAAGAAAUUCGCAUUUUAAAAUAAAAAAAUUUAUGAACGAACCAGCAACAAUGCCAGGAUUACAGAUGCCUCAUAAUGGCCAUACACCGUGGGCAGCCUGUACCGUAAUCUGUCAACGAAAAGACAAAAUAAAUACUUACUACUCUCCACGCCUGGAUAUGCUCGAGUUGGGUAUCGACCCAUACUUUCCAGAUGGAACGUGGUGUUACAACAAAGAUGGCCAGAAUUAUUACUGUCGUCAGCAUUAUUGUCUGCCGGAAAACUACUUAAUCGAAGAAUAAUUAUCGAGAGCUUCCUGAUAUAUGUGGACUAAGAUUUAAGAAACAAUUGCAAAACGCGUAUAUCUCAAUACAAAACUGUUUACAAUUUGUUUAGUAUGAAACCUAAAAACCGUUGAAUUACCAUCGUUACAUUCCAUUUUAACCAGUAAAUUCAUUUUUUGUUUGUAAAAGGCAAAUUUAUUCCUGAAAAAAUACGUACAAUUAUCGACAUAAAAAACAAAUUCCGUUUACAAUCCAGAUAACUGUCAGUAAUUGCAGAAAGAAAAAAAUAAAUGGUUAUUAACUGACAUGGAUAAAAAAAAAAUAUAAUAUUAAAUCUGGAAAUUAACCAAACAUCUGAACUGAUUUUCGUCAUUGGUACCUUCUUUCUUUUCUUUAU